UUAAGCGCAGGCCCCGCCCAGAUGCUCCGCCCCGCCCGGUCCGGUCCUGCCGCCGCCAUGAUCUGCCUUGUGCUGACUAUCUUCGCUAACCUUUUCCCGGCGGCCUGCAGCGGCGUGCACGAGCGCACCUUCCUGGCCGUGAAGCCUGACGGUGUGCAGCGGCGGCUGGUGGGCGAGAUCGUGCGGCGUUUCGAAAGGAAGGGCUUCAAGCUGGUGGCGCUGAAGCUGGUGCAGGCCUCCGAGGAGCUGCUGUGUGAGCACUACGCGGAGCUGCGCGGGCGCCCCUUCUAUGGCCGCCUGGUCAAGUACAUGAGCUCCGGGCCCGUGGUGGCCAUGGUGUGGCAGGGCCUGGACGUCGUGCGCGCCUCGCGGGCACUCAUCGGUGCCACGGACCCAAUGAACGCCCAGCCUGGCACCAUUCGCGGGGACUUCUGCGUGGAGGUCGGCAAGAAUGUAAUCCACGGUAGCGACUCGGUGGAGAGCGCUCGCCGCGAGAUCGCGCUGUGGUUCCGGUCAGAUGAGCUCCUCUGUUGGGAGGACAGCGUCGGGCACUGGCUGUACGAGUAGCCCCCRACAGGACUGCCCUCAACAGGACCACCCCCUCGGACCUGGCAUGCCAGGACAGCUACAAAGAAGCGGGCCGUGGAGCAGAGGGCCAGGUCGUGCAGGACACCUCUGGCGCUUGGCUCGCCCCCAUUUCUUUUCAUAAUAAACUGGAGGAAAACCA